AUGAAUAUGUUGGAUGAUGAAGAUGACCAAAGCUUUCACGCUACGCGUGACGGCUACUCCCAUUUGAGCGAUGUCGAAUGGGAUGCGGUUGAACGGAUGGGUUCAACCAUGGGCAUCCAUGCUAUUAUCGUCAUGCUAGAGGAUCUCAAUAGAGAUGCCCAACAUGCUACUAUCGCCAAGUUCAUUCAAAAUGAACUUGACGCUGAACGCGAGAAAGUAGCCUUGCUUCACCAACAAGGUUCUCAACAAUCAGAGUCGUUGAGAGAACAGGGUGCUCAACAGUUUGAACUGUUGAGACAGCAGCAGGCUGCUGCUGGUGGGUCGAUGCACUCGCGUCGACCCGAAACCUUGAAGAUUGACAUCUCCAAGUAUAGGGGAGUCGAAGAGGACUUCCUCCUGAGAUGA